UUUCGGCUUUAUAUGAUAUUUGUUUAGAUUUCUACAUCGUAAAUUAUGAAAACAUCAAUAAUAUAUGCAAAUAUGAUUGAUAUUUAAAUUAUAAAAUAGACAAACAAAAAUAUAUCUCACGAUUCAUUUUUUGAACUACGGAAGCGUGAAAGAGCCAUCAAAAUUAAAAAAACAGUGAAAAUUUAAAUAAAGAACUAAUGUUUUGUUUUUAAUUCUUUUUCAUGGGGAGAUGUUUGUUUAUCAAAAUCACGUCUGCUUUUAUGAGAUUGCUGGUUUUACAGCUUCAUAUAGAUAAAAUAAAGAAUCAUGUCUGCUGUUAUCGUCAAUUAUUUACCUGUGUGUGAUGUCAUGAGACAACUGUGCUUUCCCUGCAUAUGAGGAAACAACUGUAUAUAACAAAAAAUGAGUCUGGAAGUAACCAGUAUAGACAUAACUAAAAAGGUGUGUGUCAUCUGUGGAGAGCAAGAUGACCGUCAAGUUUCAAAACUUGGAGAAAAGGGAUGUCAAGGACUUUCAUUAGAUGCAAAAAACUAUAAAGAUUUCCAAUGUGAACUAUUUAUGACGUCAUAUGAACGAAACUCCGAUGACGUGAGAUACAGCGAGAAAAUGCGAGAAUUCCAUCGUCCCACACUGUGCGUGAUAGACGAGAACGGUAUCGAUGUAACUAAAUCGGUAUGCGAAAUAUCCGAGCCCGGAAGUUUGGACGGCUUCACCGGAGGUGACAACGGGAUACCGGCAACGUGUGACCAUAACGCAAACUGGACCAAAUCAGACGAACACGAUUUAAAUCGGGAAAGUGGCAACAACCUCUUGAUACCUAAGUGCGACGAUGACUUUGACCUCUGUGAACUUAAAGCCACUACAGCGCGAUUAAAAUUGUCGACCAGACGACAAAGUACGGUCGCCUGGCAACAGGCGCACUUAGGCUCGACACGUGUUCCAGUAGUACUUCCGAAGUUCGAUUCUUCAAAAUUAAUUAAAAGCUAUAAAGACACUGAUACGGACAACAACAACCAGGACGACGAUUCUUUUACGGAGGAGAGAAAAAAUCGAAUCGACGACGCUCUGGCAUGGCUUCGAUCAGAAUUGAUGCAGAUGCGCAGCGAAGACGAACGGUUGGCAAGGCAAUUACUCUCAAUCAGACACGACAUCCAUCAGUUGAAAUUACAGCGAAGUUGUCAGGCUCACCGAGAGAUGCUGGAAGACGUGACGCUCGAUAUGGAAGAGAAUCACGUGUUGAACGUUAUUUCGGACAUGCCGAUUCCGGACUCCGUGCAUGACACGCCCUUGAAGCAUCUGGGAGUGACGCGCAUGCACCUGAGCGCGAGACGAUUUUCGACCUGUUGAACGAGUCCGGUGACAGGGCUGUGUUGAACGUUGACAUGACCGAGGAUGUUGACUGCCUCAGGGCAUCUACUGGAACGCAGGGAUUUUCGUCGUGUUGAAAAGGCUUCCAAUGAAAUCGUCGGUGCGUGCGGGUGAAUAAAUGUGUUGAAUUUGAACAGAAACGAUGCUCAUGGUAAACGAAGUGUUCUUAUUUACGAGUAAGCGUCUAUGCGUCGAAGCCCUGUCAGGCUGAUCUGCAGCAGGGACCAAGUUUACUGUAUAUUUAAACAGCAAAACGUAUUUUCGUUUUCGAAUGUGCAGAAAAAAGUUUGCACUGCAAACUAGUCUGCUGACUAAACACUAAAAGUGACUGUUAUACUCCGGAUUUGAGAUGUGUCAGUGUUAACAUGGAAUUCGUUUUACUUGUCAAAUAUCUCAACGCAUGAUGAAACAUCAAAGCUAACACUUCAAGCUACAAGGCUUGUACCAGUUUUGAUAAAAUCGCAUAUAGUUGGUGCAAAAACAUUCAGGCUUGUCCAUUUGAAUUGGCUAUAACUCUUUUUAAAUGCACCAGUACGAGUUGCUAUUAUAAUCAAGUACGGACAAUUCAGAUCGAAUUAUUCAAGUCAAAUCAGUAGGCAAAUUGUGUUGUUGCUGUGAUUUUAUAAUAACCAGAUUGCAAAUAGAUCAAUACUUUUUUUGCAAAUGAUUUCGUUCCCGGUACGGUUCUUGCUUUAAGCUGUAGUUAUGGUCCCUUAUUUGACCUUGCAGUCUUUCACGAAUAUGGGGAAGACAAUAUUGAAUCUUUAUCACAAAUUGUAAACUUUUUACAAAAUUGCGCAUUGCAUCGUUCUCGUAAACGAUAAAUUUACGUUUAAAUUAUAAUCAACUAUAUGCACAUAAUAACCGAAUCGGUAUAAAAAAAACUGUAAAUUUUAUUCGUGAUCGCCCUUAUUUUGGGAUGGUAUUGUUCAAAGUUUCAGGUAGAAAAUAAAGUAAAAGUAAUCAUAUUAUGACGCAAACAUAAUCCAUCAUUUACUUCCCAAUGUAAAAUAAUUUGUUCAAUACGGGUAUAAUGUUCGUUUGUGUUUAUGUAGAUGUAGAUUCUAUGUUUUGUAUAUCCUUUAAACAUAUUAAUAUUUUAAUUUGUGAUGAUAAAAUCAUAUGUAAUACGCUUGCUACAAAUACAGUUUUGGAAAUGAAA